CUGGAUGGAGAUGGAAGCUAAGACUAAGCCUUGGCUGGACCUAUCUCUUCUUCUAUUGGCUGCAUAUUGCAUGCAACAAUGUGUCCAUGGACAAUCGCAGCAAACACCUUGCAUGUUCAUCUUUGGAGGCUAUUUAUCUGACAAUGGAAAUAACAACAACCUUCGAACAUAUUCAAAAUCCAAUUACAGACCAUAUGGCAUCGACUUCCCAGCAGGCACAACUGGUAGAUUUACCAAUGGACUAACGCAAGCUGACAUAAUUGCUGAGCUUUUGGGAUUUACGGAACGCAUCCCACCCAAUGCAAACACUAGUGGCUCGGACAUACUUAAGGGUGCCAACUAUGCAUCUGGAUCAGCAGGGAUUCGCCCUGAGACCGGCACGCAUCUAGGCGCCAAUAUCAAUUUGGAAAGACAAAUCAUGAAUCACAGAAUGAAUAUAUAUUACCAAAUUGCUCCAAGACUUGGAAGUUUAGAGAAAGCUGGACAACACCUUAACAAGUGCUUGUACUACGUGCAUAUAGGCAACAGUGAUUACAUAAAUAAUUACUUCCUUCCGCUAUAUUACCGAACAAGCAGAGUGUAUGACCUUGAGGGAUACGCGAACGAUCUUAUUAGGCGCUACUCUCGAUAUAUACAGCAUCUGCAACGACUUGGGGCAAGAAAAUUCGUGUUACAAGGGAUGGGUCGUAUAGGCUGCUCUCCAUAUGCCAUCACUACGUAUAAAACAAAUGGAUCUUGCUAUGAAGUGAUGAAUAAUGCUGCGGGAAUAUUCAAUGGCAAGCUUAGAUCUCUAGUGGACCAAUACAAUAACCGGGCUCCUGAUUCCAAAUUCAUCUUUGUAAACAACACAGCCAGAAACCUUGGCAUCGUCAAUACCGGUGGUUUCACUGUAACGAAUGCUUCUUGCUGCCCAAUAGGGUUGAAUGUGCUGUGUGUUCAGAAUUCAACAGCAUGCCAGAAUAGGGCUCAACACGUGUUUUGGGAUGGGCUCAGUACCACAGAAGCUUUCAACAGAUUCGUUGCAACCCUUGCUUAUAAUGGUUCUAAUCCAGCCUUCACUUACCCAGGGAAUAUCAAGAGCCUUGUUCAGUCCAAUUACAAUACGUCCUUAAAUAAUUAAGAAAUCCUAAGAACAUAUUGUUUCUGUGUUAAUUUAUUGGAAAUCAUCAAAUUAUGUGAGUCUCACUCCUUAUUAACCGAGUCUCACCUAAUUUUAUAGUUUCCAAUAAAUUUUAUAAGAUAUAAUAUCAACCUAAAUAAGUGCGGAGUAAAUAAUAGUCUUCGAUUUCUUUUAUAUAAGUGCGGAGAUACAUAUUGUUUAUCAAAGUUAUAACGUUAUUAAAUUUCCAAGUAAAUUACACUUGUCCAGCCCUUUGAGAAAUGUAA